AGUCGACAUGAGUCCUGGUCUCGGACACGAUCCUCUUCCUUCGUACAACAUCACCGCACUAGGUAACACCGCGCUAUGUCUGUGGCAGCAACCGCAACACAUACUCUUUCAAUUAGCAAAUUUUUGCUUCGCCCUGUCGUAUUCGGCACCCUCCUCGAGAAAGGGGAUAUUAUUUAUGCAUUCUGUGCUGAUAAUCGGAUUCAUGUUGUUGUCCGGCUGGGCAUGGCACGUGAUAUGCGCGCCAGACAUAUUCUCAUGGAACUUCAGCUUCUUGUUGCUGAAUAUCGGACAGUUGGUUUACAUAGUUUAUCAAAUGAGACCCGUUCGAUUCGACCCCGAAUUAGAAGAGGCUUAUCACACACUGUUUUACCCUUUUAAGGUAUCUCGACUGCAAUUCAAGAGGUUGGUGUCUCCAGAAUUCGCAUCGAUAAUGUCGUUACACACCGGUGAAGCAUAUGCGAUGCAAAAUUUAACGAGAACUGACAGACUGGGUCUGUUGCUUAGUGGUAAAGUGAACGUACUCAGCGACUCGAAUUUUCUGCAUCUUAUAUUGCCUUGCGAGUUUUUGGAUUCGCCGGAAUUCGAGAGUUCUCGAGCAUCUGUUGACGAUAAAUUUAAGGUGUCGAUCGUUGCGGCAAGUUCGUGUAGAUAUUUAUACUGGCAAAGAUCUGCAUUGGAAUAUUUGCUCGUUAAAGAAGCAUAUCUAGCUACAGUUUUAACAACAUUAGUUGCGAGGGAUAUCGCUACUAAAUUAUACGCUAUGAAUAAUAAGAUUGUUACAGAUAAAGGUUCACAUUUGGAUAUAAGGCUUCCAACAAUUAGCGCUGGAUUAUCCAUAAGUGGCGAAUAUAGGAGUCCAAGAGCAUCCAGGCAGGCACUGAUCCGUCGAAAAGAAACGACUUUAACUUCUGAUAAUGGAUGCGUGAAAGAUCGUCCAGCGAAUAAUCUAUCGAAGAAGGGAGCCCCAAAUAUGGAACCUUUACCAGAAAUGCCAUCUUGCGAUGAUUUAGCGUCCAGUGGCGUAGAAAGUUGGUUGGAUUCAUCGAGCAAGUAUCACAGUUGCGAAAUUGUUGACGAAGAAUAACAGGAGGCCUCCUUAACGCCGGACACAUUUUACGAAGGAGACAGCGAUUAGUGUCCGCGUUAAGGAUUUUCAUCAUUUUUGAGAAGAAGACUGCAGUUUUUUUUUAAAUUGAACGACAAGACAGUCGUUCAGUCGACGAGAAUGCACUUUUAAACGGUAUCCGAAAGUGUUACGCAAGGCUGAUUGUUAUAUCGUUGCAUAAUAAUUGAUGCUAUUAUUUAUAGUAAUGUAUUUAAAAUAUCUUGUUGUUUACCAUGUCAGAGUGAUUAGAAAUUUUGGUAAUUAUGGUAGAUUGUUUUGUGUACGUACUUAAUGGUGUCGGUACUCUUUUACGGUUGUUA